AUGCACGCCGCGAUCACGACGAACUCGCUCAGACACGAUACGAUCAAAGAAGCACAGGUCUUUGACGAGAUCAUGGUCCAGGUUGGUCCCUUCAAUGACCAAAACGAAGAUGUGGCGGAGUGGUCAAUGCCUCAGUUACGACUGACUUUGGAGUCUCUCAAGAGGGCGACUCUCGUGUUGGCGGGCUCCAACUUGACACCGACCUCGGGUCGGCGUCGAACCAUAGUCUCGCUCGUCAUUGGCUAUCAGACUGCCACCUGCCUCGCAGAGAAGCUACAUGAGCUCCCAAUCAAAGUUAUUAAUGUGGGCGACUCACUGCACUCAACUACAGUAUCGCUAUUCAUAUCGCAGGGAUUGAAUGCCAACUACGUAGCACUCAGCCACUGCUGGAUAGCAAUAUUGCCUACCAAAUUCCGCGAUGUUGUUACCAUGACUUGCAAUCUUGUCAUCCGGUAUCUGUGGAUCGAUUCUCUGUGCAUUCAGCAAGACUCAAAAUCGGACUGGGAUAGUGAAUCCAAGAUGGUGGGAUCAGUCUAUCGCAAUUCCAUCGAGGCAAUCCCUGCAAGGGUUUCGAGUGGCAGUAAGGAGGGUGUUCUAAAGGGUGAUACUUCUAUCGCAAAACGCCACAAGAGGAUAUCUCUGACACUUUCAAGUCAGGGAAAAGGGGGGUGCACGGGAUCCACCGAGGUCACUGUUUAUCGUAGAGACCCGACCGAGGAGAUCUUCCGCGCUUUGGACAUAGGCUGUGCUCUGACAUGGCGAGGAUGGACACUGCAGGAAUACAUGCAAUCCCCGCGCCAUAUCCUGUACGGGAAAGACAUGCUGGACUGGAGAUGCUCUUGGACUUUUCUUUCCUCUAACGGCCUCCCUCCCGGGAACGGGACUCCAGGCGAAGCCAUACGCUAG